AUAUUACCAAGAUACGGGUAGAACACUUAAGUUAUCAAUUCAUCGAAGAAAGAAAUUCACGUUCGUAACCACGUUUUAAAAAUGGGACAAUUUUCUUUGGUUUUGGUCUUAUGCUGUGCUUCCAUAUUCAUCAAACAAGGAAAUUCAGAAGUUACUACACCCACAAAAGAAGACGACCAGCCCCAAGAUUCAGAACCAAACUAUCCACCUUUCAUGGUUUUACUGGAUCGCGAAAAGUCGUCUACAAAACCAGGUGAUUUCAUCAUACCAUCCAGCUAUACAAACACUGACAAAGGAUUGAGCUUGGCUGGUGAUAAACCAGAUCUUGAGGAAAUUUCGCUAUGUCCUGAUCCCAGAUCAAUAGAUGAAUCUCUGCAAGAAGAUUUACAUUUACUUCAUGGUCUCAUACCUAGCACCAAACGUUGUUUAUUUGUCGCCAAGUUCCAGGAAAACGAAAAGCAAAUGUGUGAAAAAGAACCAACACCAUGGCUCACAAUACCGCUAGAAACAACAGGAACAGAGUUCGUUUGUGGCACCCACAAUACGCAGCGAUUAAUCAAUGCAGAAUACUACAAUUGUGGCACUGAAGAGCAUUUCAUAGAAUAUGCCCAAAAAGCAAAGGCCAUCAUAGAAGCAAAUCAGAGUCAAGAAAUACCACCUUUUCUAAUGAACUUUUAUAUAAUGUUUGAAAUAUGUUUUGAUUUCAAAAACAAAAAAACAGUGUGGACAAGACAUCAAGUCCUAGGACCAAAGCUACUCACACAUAAAGAUUAUCCGCAUAAGGACUUGAACACAGUUUCAUUGGCAGAAUUCAGCACAGAAACUUUCGACUUGGAAUUGGAUCUUGGCACCUUUGUCAAAAUGAAACAACCGUAUGAACCAAUUAUUCCUAAUAAUAAAACGGAUCCAUUAUACCCAAAUAUGGAAAUAUACCCUUUAGUGCCCAAAGAUCACAUGGCGUUGCCCUACUGGAAAAAAUCGAUCGAUCAUAUGAUCAAUUCAGGACCCAUUCUUCCCAAAUUCAUACCACUAAUGAAAACUAUUCAUCGUGGAAUUUUAUUGGCUUCGAAUUACUAUCUUCGAGAAUCCCAUCAAAUCUUGACAAUGUUCACCAAAGCUGACACGGUAAAUUCGAUUAAGCAUAAUGUUACGUCAGCAUUAAACCUCAAACCGAUGAUAGCAUCUAUAAUGCCAGAAACAUCCACUGAUGUAUUUAGACCGACUAUGUGGUACAUAGCUGUUCUUAAUGAAGAUGACCAAUCUGGAAUUCUCAUUGUACUGCAUAACACUAAAGAAGCUCUUCCGGCAACGAAAGAAUGUGAUGACAAAAUGAUGCUAUGUGAUAUCAAAAGUUGGGCUGAAGACCCAGGUUCGAUUAAUGAAAAUGAUCUGAAGUACGCGUAUUGCUGCCCAAUCAAUCAAGAAAAAUUAAAAAAAUUAUUUUCAAUUAAUUGGAAGAUAAAACUGAGCAUACAGAAAAACCUCAAUUUACAAGAAGUAAUAAGUUUAGAAAAACAUAAAUUAUUGUUCAAAACAGUCGUGGAUGAGUUAGAGAAAAAAAUAUCAACAAGAGUUCAAAAUUCAAAAGAGGAAUCAGAAUGACUACAACAUGAAUCGUCUGUAUGUUGAAAAUUACCACCCAUAAAAAAUUUACAAAAAUUCAAUACUUACCUACAACGUACAUAAUAAAUACCUACCUAAACGUUUUAUAUGUUGAAAUAUGUAAAAAAAAUCCUGUU